AUGUCAAACCCAUGGGAUCUCAUGUAUGAAGACUUUGUUUGGAUCUUUUCCCAUCCAUAUGAAGUUUUAGUUGAAUUCGGACUCCGCAAUACUAUACUUGCGAUACGUUUAAAACAUGUUAAAGAUGAUAAGGCACCAAAGAGCGAAUUUAAUCUUCUAUAUUGGAGUAACUGGCGUGGUAUAUUAUCUCAGAUAAUGUGGUUUUUAGUCACGCUUCCGGUUUUUAUUUUUUAUCCACUUUUGGCGAUGAAAGCAUUAGAAAGACCUUAUGGAUUGCUCUGGGACAUUGUGGAAUCCAUCCUUCAGAGAAGUUUUGAAAUCGAUACCAUGUCGGUACGACAGGCAACGAAUUACAUUCUCCCAAUGCUCAGGGAUAAAAAAACUGAAAAUGUUCGUCUGAUCGCUCAUUCCCAAGGUUGUAUCAUAGCAAAUUUGGUCGUCAAGAGAAUAUACACCGAGUUGAGUUAUACAAAAGAACAAGGAUAUUUGAGUAAACUCAGCGUGCACACUUUUGCAAAUAUUUCUAGAGAAUUUAGAAACCCCGAUGGUCUAAUCAAUUGCAUUGAACACUAUGCAAACAGACGUGAUCCUGUCGCGGUAAGAGGUGUUAUCAAUAACAUUAAUGACAAACGUACUAUAGGAGAAAUUUUUAUCAACGAUUUGAGGAACGGAGGUAAAGGUCACCUGUUCAAUUCGUUCUAUAGCCUUAAUCUUGUAGACUACUGGUCUGCACGAGGUGGUGAAUCUGUGUUGUUGAACCUUCCUGGAAAG